AUGAAGAGAAAAGAGGAGAAGUUAGGAGGCGCAGAAAAGGUGUAAACUGCGACGUCUUCGAAACAAACGGUAUCUUCUGAUACGGGAAGAGUGUAACUUUUGGGUGGAAAGUUCUUCGUGGAAGUUGCUGCUGACUUCCUUUUCUUCUUCUCUUCAUUGACGGCAGAGGUCACCGACAAAUAGGAAUCAAUCAAGUGACCAACGAUUUCAUCUCUUCAGGCUCUCGGACUUGGAUUGAAGUAUCUGGGCUUCAGUCAGACGCCAAUCAUGAAAACGAACUAUCAUGCGACUGCGAAGUUCUGGACAUGCACAGAUCCUGCGAUUGACGGGUACAAUGGGCCGUUCUGCUCAAAACACUGA